UACCUGUGCCAUUUCUUCAUCUCAAGAAUGUUCUAUUCUAUUUCCUUUAUUAAACAACUUGGAAACACCAUUGUAAAUUAGUGCCUCUAGCAUAGAAAAAAACGAGCCGAACAACUUAAAAAAUUAAGUGUCAUCUGUCAAUAUUGAACAAGUGUUAUGGCUAUAGUGCAAAGAAUAAGGUAGAUCUAAUUUUUAUUAAAUAAAAAAAAAACAAUAGUGAAAAUGCUGCCAGUGCCACAGGACCGUUUGUCGGGAAGAAGGAGCAGUUCCAUCGUCAGUCGUACACUUCUCGGUCGGCGUGCUUCUGUAUACGUCACCGGCAAUCAUCAGGAUCCUGCAAAGUUAAUAACGGAGAUCAACGUACAGCUGGCGUUAUUCCGCGACCUGCUGAUCCACAUCGGGCAGCCGCACGACUGUCCGGAACUACGCGAGCGCGUGCGCAGAUUGCGCCGCGCUUGCGUCGAAGCCACCAAGCAGACCAGCCAGUUAGUUCUACCCAAUUGUAAAAAAUCAACAAGCGAGGGUUGCACGGAACAGCCCCAACUGGUGCUCCUGUACUUCAUGUCACAACUACUGCUCCGGGAACUCGCCAAGUGUCACCGGCUCGUUCAAUUAGUGCCAAUGGAUAUGACUUCUUAUUAUGAAAACCGUGCCGGUCCAUCCAAUUUUGGUAACGUGAUCAGUCAGAUACUGCUUUGCAAGCAAAUCACACCAGACUUCAAUCAAGAGGAGCUGUGCAGUAUCGCCAAGGAUACCCAAGAAAUUACAAGGAUAGUUAAUGAUAUACAAGAAUACCUUCCACAGCAUGAAAAUCUUAACCAUUUGGAGAGCAACAUCGCUCUGAAAGGCGACGACGUCAACGGCCUGUGGCGGAACAAGCGGAGAGGUUCCCUAUACAAAGGCAUGGGAGUACUCUGUUGUGUGUCCCGGCCAAACUACCUCUGAGGGUGACGGGUCUCGCCCUCCCGGCGGCUCAGUACCGAAUAAACACCAACUCGGAAUUAUGAACUCCUGGUACUGCUCCUUUAAAAACUCCAAGUGUUCAGUGAAGUUCUAUUAUAGUGAUCGUAUGGUGUGACUUUCGGUAUAGAAAAUGAAGGGGUCCAUUAAAUUGUUUAGUUAGUAACUGAGACGUGUGAAGCUGGUUGAUUUGGAUAUAUUGCAAAUCACCAACCUCUAUAGUUCAAUUACGUAUGGUUAAUGUUACAAUUAAUUACGGAGUAUACUUUCGUGAAUAAAAGCGCAUAAUUGCAUUUUAUCGUGAAUUGCCUGGAACGGGAUCAAUUGCGUUUAAGUAGUAGGUAUAUUAAAAUAAUUAUGAUAUAUUUCUUUAUAAAAAUAUAAUUCACAACACAUUUUCAAAAAUAGAUUGCAAAAUAAUUCAUUUUACAACUGUAGGUAAUAUGUAUUAUUAUUAAGUACCUAUUAAUAAUUUACAAAUACUUAUUUUGCUCAUUAUUUGCGUAUUUUCAUAUUUCUAGCAUGAAAUUGUUUAUAGGCUCCAAUUUCCUUAAAAUAUGAUAAAAACAAAGCAAUUAUAGAUGACUUUGUUCUUACAAUGUAUGGAUAUUUAUACAUUUUCUUUAACCUAUUUAUCAUAUUAUUAUUAACAGACAUAUUGAAUAUAAAUUAGUUUAUUACACAACUUAUUUAAAGGGAAAAUUAGUUCUGUGUAUUGUAUGUAAUCAAUUAAAUAUUCAUAAAACUUUAACUUAAUAUAAUUUUACGUAACAUAACUUAUCAGAUGAGUUUAUUCUAUUUUUUAUGAUAUUUUUUUAUAAAAUAUCCGAAACAAUUAUUAAAUAUUUCUUUUUAAUAUUACCAAAAUAUAAAUAUGAUGUUAAUUAUUUAACAGACAGUAUUAUGUAGAAUUUCUUUCCCCAUAUCUAGGUACACACAUGUAGUAAUGUACUUAUUCUUUGAAAUAAGUCAACCACACAUUAGUUUGUUAUUAUUUUUGUUAAAAAUAUUUUGUCAACCAAAAAAUUACUAAGUAAUUAAUAAGCGACAUUAUAAAAAUACGUUCUUACAUUACAUUAUUUCCAAACAAUUAUUUACCUUUAUAGUAAUAAUAAUAAUAUAUUCUUUAAUCAAGUUACCAGGACCCACACAAUAGUAGUGUACUAAUUGUUUCUAAAUUGUAGAAUAAUAUUAUAGUAAAAACUUUUUGAUUAUCUUAUUUGAAGUAUCAGAAUCAGUAACUGUGGCCUAGUCAACAUGAGAUGCUGCAAUUUUAUUCUAGUCAAUUAAAAUGUCCUGUUUUAUAGUCACAUUAUUUAGUCAAGAAAUUCGUAUAGCUACAAUAGAUUAUGGCUAAUAAUAAAAAUGAGGUACCUAAUUUAAUAAUUAUCAUAUUAUAGCAUUAUAUAAGAUUAAUAAUGUUCGAUUAGAUCGAUGUAUUUAUUAAAACAAAUCUAAAUAUAACAUUAAAUUACUAUAAUACAUAUUUUAUAAUACAAUAGUUCGUGUGUGAAUGAAAUGGUAACAAUUAUAUUAAGUGGAUAUCAUUUUUCCAUGACUGACAGAAAUUGUAAUGUCAUAAAAACAUUUUAGAUAUAGACUGUGAGACGCGUUAUCUACGAAGGCACAUAAACAUCAUCAUAAUGUGGUGAGCUUGUUCCGAAUUUCACAUUAUAGAUUAUAAAUAAAUAUUUAGUACCAGAGCGUAGAACUUAGACAUAUAAAUAAUACAUUAUAUCAGUAGUUACAAGAGUUAAGUUUUGUUACUCAAUUUGAUCAAAUCUCAAUUACUCUAAUCAUUCUUCUUUCAAUCAAAAUUUACUAGUAAUUGGGCAUGUAACGUUAAAAAACGAAUUACUAUUAAUUAACAAAGCUCCCAAGGGAACACCUUACGAGCUUUGCUAAUUAAACUUAAAUGUCUCCCAAACUUUUGUUUUGUUAAUAUUGUUUUAAUUACAAUAUAACUACUCUAUAACUAGUUCAAUAUACCACAAUAUAAAGUACGGCCAGUGAACACCUUGAUAUUUCCCAAACGAUUACUUGUAAAUUCGGGAUAUAUUGCUGUCUGUUGUUAGACAAGUGGCUAAGACAUACUUCUACGUGUGAUAAUAUUGUUUAUUGUAUUUUUUAUAAGUUUCUUUUAUUAAAAAUUAGCCAAUUUCUUUAAUUAAAUUGAUCUCUUAUUUUGAGAGUUUUUUUUUAUUAUUAAUAAUAAUUAUUAUUUAUAUAUACUUUUUUACUUCAAAGAAAAAUUAAAGGGAGGCCUAGUAUACCGUUACAAACAUAAUCCCAAUACUAAUUUCUAUACUGUAUUAAGCAUAUUUCUGCUGGUUUCAUAACACAAGUUAAGUAGGUAUUUUAUUAUUAGAUAGCACACUGAUAUUUAUUCAAUAUUGUGAUUUAACAAUCUAUUUAUUUAUGAAAGUGUUAUUAUAUAUAUAUUUGUUAUUGCCAAUUGUAGAACUUUUCAAUAACAAUAAUUAAAUUAUACCUACUUAUGUACUAAAUCAAUGUACUUAAUUACUAUUUAAUGCACUUACUAAAGUGAUGACUGUGAUAUACUCGUAAAGUAAAAUAUAGAAGAGAAUAUGAAUUAGUAAAAACAUAAUCAAAUUGUUGUAGUUUUAUUUCGAUAGAAUGAAAAACGCUAGAAUCUAUCUAUCAACUGUAAGUAAUAUAAGUAUAUAAUAAAAAUCCUGCAAAAACUAUUUCCGCAAUGGAGUAACAAUAUCUGACAACCUAGAUGAUUAACCAUUGCAGUUUGUGCACAUAGACUAAUUAAACCUAUUAUUUAUAA